AUGUGUCACCGAGCUCACAUUGAAGCUAUUGAUCGUACUUUAAGAGAUAUUAAAAAUUGCGAUAAAUUGAUGGGAGGUACAACGUUCGUCUUUGCUGGUGAUUUUCGUCAAACCUUGCCAGUUAUUGCAAGAGGAACUAGGGCGGACAUCGUUAAAGUAUGUCUUAAAUCAUCGCCUAUUUGGAGAUUUGUGCAGAAAUUCAAUUUGAGAACAAAUAUGGGGGUGUAUCUCGGCGGAGGUAAUGCUCAAUUCCCUUCAAUGCUAUUAACUAUUGGAGAUGGGACGAUACCGAAUGAUAAUGGCAAUAUAUCCAUUGAUCAAAGAAUAGGUAAUGUAGUUGAUAACAUCAACGAUUUAAUAUCCAAGGUUUACCCUGAUAUCGAACAUUUUUUACAAAAAUCAUACCAUUGCCUAUGUGAAAGAGCAAUUAUAACCGCACGAAAUAUAUCUGGUUUAGAAAUCAACAACAUUAUUUUACAAAAAUUAGUUGGAGAAAGUAAAGAAUAUCGAUCAAUAGAUACAGUUUUGAACACUGAAGAUGCAGUACAUUACCCUCUAGAAUUCUUAAAUUCUCUUAAUCCGGAAGGGUUCCCACCACAUAAUCUUCAACUAAAGGUUGGAGCUCCAAUAAUUUUGCUACGCAAUCUGAAUCCUCCCAACCUAUGCAACGGCACUCGAUUGCAGGACCUGCAACAGGCGAGAUCGCCCUUAUACCUCGCAUACCUAUGA